GAUCUCUCGGUCAUCAGUCAGAGUAGUCAGACAGUCACGCAAAGCGACAAGCGUCGUGAGGACGGUGAGAAUCGGUGCGCAGUGUCGAAUCUUCUUCAGUCGAUUUUUACGUACGCGUUCGCGUACGAUUUGCGGAGUGGAGAGAUUGCAAGGGAAGAAGGAGAGCAUGCACCGCGUCGCGACAAUUCUCUGACGAACGUGCCAGGGAUAAUCGCAGAUAAGUGCAUUCGCGAAUCUCGUUCAGGAAUAACGGUAAAUUUUAUUCAACAUGGGACGUACGGUGACCGUCGCCGUUUGCACGUUAAACCAAUGGGCGAUGGACUUCGACGGGAAUACCAGGAGAAUUUUGCAGAGUGUACAAGAGGCGAAGGAUGCCGGUGCCACUUACAGGAGUGGUCCCGAGCUAGAAAUCUGCGGGUACAGCUGCGAGGAUCAUUUCUACGAGUCAGACACGUUGCUCCAUAGCUGGGAAGUUUUAUCGACCCUUUUGAAGUCCAGCGUUUGCGAGGAUAUACUGAUAGACGUGGGUAUGCCGGUGAUGCACAAGAACGUGACGUACAACUGCAGGGUGGCCUUUCUGAAUCGACGGAUAUUGCUGAUCAGGCCGAAGAUGCGGCUCUGCGAGAACGGCAACUACAGGGAAACCAGAUGGUUCUCUCCUUGGACCAAAGAACGUACGGUCGAGGAUUAUUUCCUGCCGCGAAUGAUAUCGCAAGUCACCAGUCAGACCGUAGUGCCGUUCGGUGACGCGGUUAUCGCGACGAGGGACACGUGCGUGGGUUUCGAAAUAUGCGAGGAGCUUUGGCACCCGGCCAGCAGUCAUAUUCCGAUGUCGUUGGACGGCGUAGAAAUUAUCGCGAACGCAAGCGGCUCGUACUUCGAGCUACGCAAGGCCUACCUCACCGUGGAUCUCGUUAAGUCGGCCACUUUCAAGGCUGGCGGCUGCUACAUGUUCAGUAAUUUGCGCGGAUGCGACGGCGGCAGGCUGUACUUCAACGGCGGCUCCAGCAUCACGCUCAACGGAAACGUGUUAAAUCGCGGACGGCAAUUCGCUCUCGAGGACGUGGAAGUAACCGUCGCCACGUUCGAUCUCGAGGAUAUAAGAAAUUACCGGAACAGCAUUAGAUCGCGAUCGCACACGGCCGCUGCGUCGCCUAGUUAUCCGCGCGUGAAAAUCGACUUCGCGCUCACGCCGGAGAAUCUCGUCUCGAAUCCACCGGAUCGACCGCUCGACGGAGUUCAGGAUGUGUACGGCGACGACGACGGGCACUCGAGUCUCGUGUAUCACACCGCGGAAGAAGAGAUCGCGAUGGCACCUGCGUGCUGGCUGUGGGAUUAUUUGAGACGAUCUUGUCAAGGCGGAUUUUUCUUACCACUGAGCGGUGGCGUCGACUCGGCGUCUUCAGCAUGCGUCGUGUAUUCGAUGUGCGAAAUGAUCGUCGAAUCGGUCGGUAGAGGAGACAUGCAGGUCUUAGCGGACAUCAGGAAGAUCGUCGGCGACUGUGAAUACGUACCGGUGGACCCGAAGCAACUGUGCAACACCAUCCUGGUCACGUGCUAUAUGGGCACGGAGAACUCGUCGGCGGAGACCAAGGCCCGAGCGGCCGAGUUGGCCAGUCAAAUAGGGUCCUAUCAUCACGGGAUAGUCAUAGAUACCGCGAUAUCCGCGAUUUUAGGGAUCUUCCAGCAGGUUACGAAGCUGACACCGAGAUUCAAAGUGCAAGGUGGAUCGCCCAGGGAGAACCUGGCCUUGCAAAAUGUUCAGGCUCGAUUACGAAUGGUGAUCGCUUACUUAUUCGCUCAAUUAAUGUUAUGGGUCAGAGGCCGCCCGGGUGGCCUUUUGGUGUUGGGGAGCGGCAACGUGGACGAGGCCUUACGCGGUUACCUCACCAAGUACGAUUGCAGCAGCGCCGACAUCAAUCCUAUCGGUGGCAUAGCGAAGAACGACUUAAAAAAGUUUCUGCUGUACUUUAGACGUAAACACGGAAUAUCGGCUUUGGAUAAUAUCCUUGAGGCGCCACCCACCGCGGAAUUGGAACCACUGCAAGCGGGACAGCUUGCGCAACUGGACGAGGUAGACAUGGGGAUGACCUACAAGGAACUGUCAGUUUUCGGACGGUUAAGGAAGCAGAGUAAGGCCGGGCCUUUUACGAUGUUCUGCAGACUCGUGCACAUGUGGGAUCAUUGCACCCCGAGAGAAAUCGCCGAUAAGGUGAAACACUUCUACAGAUGUUACGCUAUAAACCGUCACAAGAUGACGAUAUUGACUCCGGCCUGUCACGCGGAGUCGUACAGCCCCGACGACAAUCGAUUCGAUCACCGUCCCUUCCUUUAUAACCACUCGUGGAAGUGGCAGUUCGCGGCGAUCGACGAACAGGUGAAACGACUCAGCAGCGAAGAGAAGCCGUCCAGACCGCACAAGAGCGCGCCGAAAGUGCCUGCCAAGCCCAGAUACAUGCCGUUCAGCUCCGUAAUCAGUAAUAAAACGCAUCCUGGAGUAGUAGUUUAACCGUAGCCGUAGCACUCUCUCUUACUCAUUUUGACAUUGCAGCGCUGCGAUAGACGGAUGCGAUGUUUCGCUCUUCGAAGCGAUAUUUGAUUGUGGAUUUUUUUUUUGUUCGCUCCCGGUCAUUGAUAUUUAAGAAAAGCCUCCGCGAGCGAGCAGCAGCGGAAGAUAUUUUGCGAAAUUUUAAAAAAGAAUUUUAAAUAUGCGAAAUCUGAACAAGUAUCUAUCAAUAAAGUGCAUGAUACAAAAAAUGA